CAGCUUUGGAAUCUAAAACUAAGGAAGGUUUAAGAUGGCAAAACCUUGUUUCCCAUUGAAGAUUGUGUGUGGGAAGCCACUUUGAAGAUGCGUAGCCACGCCCCCAGGCCCUCCUCUGGACCAGGCAGCCUGGAAGGAGGCAUUUGCUGGGAAACAGUGACUAGGACGGAAAAGGGAAAGACCAUUCUUCCACACCAUUUCCCUCAGUCACUCCCCCCACGCCUGGGAUGGGGCAUGAUUUUCUCCUCUGUAAAACCAAGAAACAAAAAGGAAUGUGCCUCCAUUUCCGGUGUGCCUCCAGUCUUCCACUUCAGCCCACAGCACUGUGCACACCUCAAGAACAAAUACCUGAACCAGGCCAGUGCAAACCUGACGUUUUCUCAGGAGGUGGUGUGGCAGCGAGGGCUGCCCAGCGUCCCUUACAGCCAGUACAGCUUUGACCAUCUCUACGACGCCAGUGGCAUCAUUCAGCCUCGCCAAGUCAGGAAGGCCCGGCCUGAGAAGAAGCCCGUCUGCCUCGAGGUCUCGGAUUCUCCAGGUCCCCCAACAAAGGUCACCUCCCAGGCUGUGAAGACGGAAAGCUAUGCCAAACCUACAAAACCGAAGAGAUCAGAGCCAGCUAGUAUAGGCCAGGAGGCAUCUAGCCCCCUCAGUCUUCAUCCAAGCAGGGAGUUGGACAUGCUGGACCUGUCACUUGCUCCAGAAGUGAACCUGGAGGAGAGGGAAACCUGGCUUCCGCCUGCUGAGAAGGCGGCCAGAGCGUGGGAGGCCGUGGUGCUGGAAAAGCUGAACAAGCGCACUGCCCGAUGGAUCCAGAACAAGCGUCCUCCAAGGCCAGGGGUGUCCGCCAGUAAGUGGCAGAGCUUCUUGCGCCAGCAGUACGACUGGAGCCACAUCCGCGAUGAGCUCACUUCCUCCAGUGACCUGGACCUCUUGAAACAGCUGGAGGAAGAAGAGACGGCAGAAUUUGAGGGUCGAAGUGUCGUCCUGCCCACCCCGGAGGAAAAGAAGCCAGAGCUGCUGCUUCCCGUCUAUUAUCGACUGCCGAAUUACUUGCCGCAAGUGCAGACAGCUGAAACCAUGCCUGGCAUGAAUAAGACGGCUGAGGAAAUAGAUGAAAAGGGGAGCCUAUACAAGCCCCCAAGCCAGAGCCACGUUCGACAGGUGAAUCCACGAGCUGGAAAGUUUGCUUACUCCACAGACAACACCUUUGAACAGGAGAUUUACUUCGAUGAAGUCCAGAUCGUCCACCAGAUUGGUGCAAAGAGAGACCAAAUUCUCCUGGAAAAUCUCAAUCGAUACAUCAAGCAGUUAUCUAAGGUCUUCCCUGAAACCCCAGAGAGGUGGACUUCUCAGCCAGUUCCUGAAUCAACUUGCAAGCCUGUGAAAGGAGCCAUGCGCUGGAUAGCUUUGCCCACACCGGCCAAGGAUCUGCUGCUGAAGGUGGGUGAGAAGGACGUGUCCGUGAAGACCAGGAAACUGAAGAAGCAAGCAGAGUCACUGAAGGAGAAUGUGUCUUGGGAACUAGUGGUCCUGCGAAGGAUGCUGCAGGAAUGGAAGGUGGCCUGGGCUCUAAUCAUCGAGUGGCACCAUAAGACUGUUGAGGGCCUGCUGCAGAGCUUGGUGGACAUCCAUGAUGACGUCCGGAUCCAGGCCAUCGUCACUUGUGCCACAGCUGCUUUAGAACGGCCCCGUGCUGCUGUCAGUCGAGGGGACUCCGACAAGGAAACGAUGAAAGCCUCAUCUAUUCAGGACUUGCCAGAGGUUCUACAGCCCCCGCUAAUUGCUGCUCUUUGUGAUAAGAAUGCCAAUGUGCGGAUGGCAGCAGCAGUAUGCCAAUAUGCCAUACAGUCACAUAAUCCUCUUGCCCAGGAAAUCAUGCAGACUGUUCUUCUGAAGGGUAAUACCGUGGACAGCUGGGCUGCAGCUCAGUGCCUGGCUCUGGAAGGUGCUGCCACUUACCCUGUGAUUAAGAGGAUCAUCCACCAGCUGUUUCAUAAGAAGAAUGAGGACACCGAGCAACAGUCUUGUACGCUCCUGCGCCAUCUCAGUGGAAAGACAAGCCUGAUACAUACCAUGCUUGCUGUGGAGCUGAAUAGCUGUCAAUGGAAAGACCGCAUUGUGGCCUGCCGCGCUCUCUCCCGGAUCGGUGGAAAUGUCAGUUUGGAUAUGAAACAUAAGUUGAUCCAGCUGAUGUUGAGUGACUGGAAUAAGAAAGUGAGACAUGCAGCUGCCCAAGCUCUGGGGCAAAUGAACCUUGGAAAAGAGGUGCAUGACACAAUCAGAACCAAGCUGGGUCAAGGAAAUUUCCAGGGGCGUGUGGAAGCCCUCUACCUGAUUUGUGGGCUCAAGCUUAUGACCGCCAAGCUUUUCCCAAGCUUUCUGGACUGCUUCUCUGAUGACUUCAUGGCAGUGCGCCGGGCAGCUUGCUUGGCAGCCGGUGCCCUGCAGAUUCAUGAUAAUAGGGUCCUUGAAUGCCUUCUGAAUUUGAUACAGGGAGAUCCCUGCUGGAAAAUCAAGGCCUUUGCCAUUCGAGCUUUGGGGCAAAUUGGCUGCGUGAGCCCCCAGCUGACAGACCUCCUGCUUUGGGCUAUCCACUAUGAAGAGUCACCAGGUGUGCGACUAGAGGCUUGCCGGAGCAUCCUAGCCCUCAAACUUCAAGGAGACCGGGUCAGGGACACCUUCCUCGACGUGCUGCUCCUAGAGAACCAUGAGGCUGUUCUGAAAGAAAUUCACCAUGCAAUGAAGAUACUCAACUUAGAAAAUGAAGGAAACCAAGAAAUGCUUCAGGAGAUCAGGAACAGGAUUCAAACACUAAGCCAAAAGGAACUGUUGAUACAGAAAGUAUUCAAGAUUGAGGCAGCCGUAAGAAAAGUGAAGGAGGAAGCAAAACGUGUUUACGUGCAACCCAAAGAAGGGCAAAAACCACUGAAGCUCCAUACUUUUCUCCAGGAAAUUUUUCAGGGUGAGGGGAUGUCUCCUAGAAGACUGACUGACAUCUGUGACACUGAGGCAGUCAUAAAGUCUGUGAGGCCCUGCGCACCAAAUCCCUGGUCACAGAGUUCAGUCCUGGGCCUAAACACAAGACGCAGAGGUCGCUCAUCACUUGUCAAAGACCUACGCACUGCCCGGGAAAAAAGGAUUGCGAUGGGACCAUUUGGAUAUGACAACCAAGAUCUCAAGCUAAGUGAAAACUCAGAAGUUUUUCCCAGGGCUUUUUACCCUUGAAAUAAAAGUAAUUAUUUCUAGGAUGAGCCCUUCUCUUGCUCCAAGACACAGGCAGCAGUGAACUUAGUCACAUUCUUCUCUUUACCUGAAGUUGUAUAAUCUCUUUGUCAUUAUGUUUAUAAAGAAAAAUCUACUUAA